AUGGCUGAAUCUUUCUUUGCUGACUUUGGCCUGUUGUGGUACCUCAAGGAGCUCAGAAAGGAAGAGUUCUGGAAAUUUAAGGAGCUCCUCAAGCAAGAGCUUCUGAAACUCAAGCUCAGCCCCAUCCCAUGCCCUGAGCUGAAGAAAGCCUCAAAAGAAGAUGUAGCAGCAUUGCUGGACAAGCAUUACCCAGGAAAGCAGGCAUGGGAGGUCAUGCUGAACCUCUUCCUACAGGUCAAUCGGGGAGACCUCUGGACCAAGGCUCAGGAUGAGAUCAGAAAUAAGCUUAACCCCUACAAAAGUCACAUGAAGGAAAAAUUCCGUCGUGUGUGGGAAAAGGAAACCUGUCUUGAAGUGCCUGACGAGUUCUACAGAGGAUCCAUAAAGACGGAGUACGAGCAGCUGAGCAGUGCCUACGGGGCCCACUGGGCUGAGGAGACCUCAGUCACCGUGGUCUUGCAUGGCUUGGGAGGAGCUGGGAAAACCACCUUUCUGAGAAAACUGAUGUUGGAAUGGGCAGAGGGAAACUUAUGGAAGGAAAGGUUCACGUUCGUCUUCUUCCUCAACAUUUAUGAAAUGAACAGUAUCACAGAGACCAGCUUGGUGCAGCUCAUCUCCAGGGACUGGCCCGAGUGCUCAGAGCCCAUCGAAGAGGUUUUCUCCCAGCCACAGAGAAUCCUGUUCAUGAUGGAUGGCUUCGAGGAGCUGAAGUUUUACCUGGACCUUAACAACCCCUGCAGUGACUGGAGGCAGCGACAGCCAACACCAGUGCUCCUGGGCAGUCUGCUGCGCAGAAAGAUGCUUCCGGAGUCUUCUCUGCUGCUGGCCUUAGGGAUGGUAGGGAUGAAAAAAUAUUUUUACUCAUUGCAGUAUCCGCAAUACAUAAACAUACAGGGAUUCUCUGCACACACAAGGAAACUAUAUUUCUCCCACUUCUUGGGGGAGAAGCAUCAAGCUGCCAGAGCCUUCAGUCUCGUGAAGGACCACGCCAAGCUGUUCCUGUUAUGCCAGUACCCACUCGGGUGCUGGCUGUUGUGUUCAUGUCUGAAGUGGCAGCUGGAGAGAGGAGAAGACCUCAGCAUCGACAUCUACAGCAUCACUUCCUUAUAUGCCUCCUAUGCGACCAGUGUGCUUAAAUCAGGGCUGAAGAACUUCACACCACGGCAGAGCACUGCCAAGAUCAAAGCCCUCUGCGCCUUGGCUGCGGAAGGCAUCUGGACCGACUCGUUCGUAUUUCAACUCUGGGAUCUCCAGAGGAAUGGGAUCUCAGAGACUGACGCCUCGAUGUGGGUGGGCAUGCAACUCCUGCGAAGGAACGAGGACCGGGUCACCUUCCCCCACAUAUGCGUCCAGGGGUUCUUUGCAGCCCUGUGGUAUUUGCUGAGAGGGCCCCAGAGCCAGCCUGACCCAACCAUCAGAAGUGUGGCCCAGGUCGUGGAAGCGACAGUGACGCUCGCCCCGUCCUACCUGAUGCAAACAGGAAUGUUCCUGUUUGGGUUAUCUGCUGAACAAAUGACCUCCAUGUUGCAGACGGUCUUUGACGUCCCACUGUCCAGGGAGAUCCAGCUGGAAAUAAUCGAGUGCCUUCGGAGUUUUAGUCAGUACGUGGACAGUCAGGCCUUGGUAGGAUUUAGGGAACUGUUCAACAGUUUAUUUGAGAACCGGGAAGAAGAAUUUACAACACAAGUGAUGAGUUUCUUCCCAAAGGUUGACAUUUAUAUCAACCACGCGGAUGAUUUUGUAGUCUCUGCCUUCUGCUUCAAACAUACCCACAAUCUGAAGGAACUUCACCUGACUCUAGAACAUGUGUUUCCAGAUGACCGCGAACACACCUUAAAUACCAGCCAGAAACUGGGCUACUGGAAGGACUUCUGCUCAGUGUUCAGCACCAGCAAGGACUUUCAGGUGCUGGACUUGGACAGCUGUGUUUUUGACGACGCCUCCCACGCAAUCCUCUGGAAAUCACUCACUCAGUCCACUUGCAAACUUCAAAAAUUGAUGUAUAGUUAUGCUUUUGGCCUUGGAAAUGGUGUUGACUUCUUUAGGGUCAUUCUGCACAAUGCUCACCUGACAUAUAUGAACCUGCAUGGCACCAACCUGUCCCAUGAGCAAGUCAAGAAGCUGUGUGAGAUGCUGAAACACCCCUUCUGCAACAUAGAACAGCUGAUGUUAGGGAAGUGUGACAUCACCCAGGAAAGCUGCGUGGAAAUCGCCUCUGUCCUGCCAUGCAACCGGAAGCUGAAGCUGCUCUCCUUGGUAGAGAACCCCAUGAUGCACGAGGGUGCCCUGGAGCUGUGCAAAGCCCUGAAGCAACCAGCCUGCACCCUGGAGAAGCUGCUAUUGAAGUUCUGUUGCCUCACCUCUGCCACCUGUAACUACAUCUCCGAAGCCCUUUACCACAACAAAUUCCUGUCCAUUCUUGACCUGGGGUCCAAUACCCUGAAAGACGAGGGAGUGGCAUAUUUCUGUAAUAUACUGAGGUACCCAAGCUGCAUCUUACAGGAGUUGUGGUUGACAAGUUGUUACCUCACCUCUGUUUGCUGUAAGGACCUCUCUGCUCUUAUUGUUAGCAACACCAAGCUGAGAACCCUGAAACUGAAAAACAAUAAAAUAGAAGAUGCUGGUGUCAAAGAGUUAUGUGUAGCUUUGAAGCACCCUAACUGCAAACUGGAGACUCUUGGGCUGGACAUGUGUGAGCUCACCAUGGCCUGUUGUGAGGACCUGGCUUCAGUGCUCACUUUUGGGAGAUCGCUGAAGAGCCUCAACCUGGACUGCAAUAACCUGGGCCACGAUGGGGUGGUGAUGCUGUGCAAAGCCUUGAGCCAUCCGGACUGCGUCCUGGAGCUGCUUGGGCUGGACAGAAACGCGUUUGAGGAGGAAACUCAGGUUCUGCUGAAAGCCGUGGAGGAGAAAAACCCCCAACUGAGAAUUUUACAUUACCCUUGGGAGGCCGAGGAGGACAGGAUGCGAGGUUUUCUCCUCUGA